AUGCACGGCACAGGAAAAGUGUUCUGUUUGGACACUCUUCCGAUUAACGUUGAUAUUGAUUACAGAAGUAUUUAGCUAUACAUGUGAGGAUAAUGAUCAGGGCUUAAGGCAUGGCUAACCUACCUAGAACAGGAGAAAUUAUUCACCUAAACGUGGGAGGAAAAAGGUUCAGCACAUCAAGGCAGACUCUGACGUGGGUCCCUGAUUCUUUUUUCUCAAGUCUUCUGAGUGGUCGGAUAUCUACACUGAAAGAUGAAACAGGAGCGAUUUUUAUUGAUCGGGACCCAUCUCUCUUUGCGCCGAUCCUCAACUUUCUUCGCACCAAAGAAUUGCACCCCAGGUCAGUCAAUGUGCACUUACUGAUGCAUGAAGCUGAGUUCUAUGGAAUCACUCCAUUAGUUCGGAAGCUGCAGCUCUGUGAUGAGCUUGACCGCUCCUCCUGCGGGACUGUCCUCUUCAACGGGUACCUCCCACCUCCAGUGUACCCGGCGAAGAAGAGGAACCGGCACAGCGUGGCAGGGCCACAGUUCAUGAGCGGCCGUCCAGGCCCUACGGAAAGGGUGCCAGUGAGACGCAGCAACACCAUGCCACCCAACCUCGGCAAUGCUGGCAUACUAGGCAAAGUGCUAGUGGAGGAGAGGCCCACGGGGCAAGUGGGCGACCCGGGCAUGGUCCGCAUCAUAUGUGGACACCACAACUGGAUCGCUGUGGCCUAUGCCCAGUUUGUGGUCUGCUACAGGGUGAAGGAGUCGUCCGGCUGGCAGCAGGUGUUCACCAGCCCGCGCCUGGACUGGGUGAUUGACAGGGUGGCACUCAACGCCAAGGUGAUGGGCGGCUCCCUGGGGGACAACGACAAAAUGGUGGCAGUGGCUUCCGGUACAGAGAUUAUACUCUGGGCCAUCUGCCCGGAUGGAAACGGCAGCGAAAUCGGUGUCUUCAGUCUGAACGUGCCUGUGGAGGCUCUCUUCUUUGUUGGAAAUCAGCUGAUCGCCACCAGCCACACGGGUAAAGUGGGUGUGUGGAACGCUGUGACCAAACACUGGCAGAAUCAAGACGUGGUUCCCAUAAACAGCUAUGACACAGCUGGCUCUUUCCUGUUGCUUGGAUGUAAUAAUGGAUCCAUAUAUUAUAUCGAUGUCCAGAAGUUCCCCUUAAGGAUGAAGGACAAUGACCUCUUGGUGACGGAGCUGUACCGCGACCCCAGCGAAGAUGCCAUCACUGCCCUCAGUGUCUACCUCACGCCCAAAACAAGCGACAGCGGGAACUGGAUCGAGAUUGCCUAUGGGACCAGCUCGGGCACCGUGCGGGUCAUCGUCCAGCACCCUGAGACCGUGGGCUCCGGCCCCCAGCUCUUCCAGACCUUCUCCGUCCACCGUAGCCCUGUCACCAAGAUCAUGCUGUCGGAGAAGCACCUCACCUCAGUCUGCGCGGACAACAACCACGUGCGCACCUGGACGGUGACCCGUUUCCGGGGCAUGAUUUCCACCCAGCCCGGCUCCACCCCCCUGAACUCCUUCAAGAUCCUGUCCCUGGAGGACAUCGACGGCCACGCGGGCUGCAGCGCUGGCACGGAGAUCGGGCCCUAUGGGGAGAGGGAUGACCAACAGGUGUUCAUACAGAGAGUGGUGCCAGAUACCGACAAGCUCUAUGUGCGCCUCUCCUCCAAUGGGAAAAGGCUGUGUGAAGUGCGCUCAGUGGAUGGCACCUCCAUCACUGCAUUCAUGGUGCACGAGUGCGAGGGGUCCAGUCGCAUCGGCUCCCGCCCACGCCGCUACCUCUUCACCGGCCACAGCAACGGCAGCAUCCAGAUGUGGGACCUCACCACUGCCAUGGAGAUCGCAGGAAAGGUGGACGCCAAGGCCCUGGGUGGGCCCACGGUGGAGGAGCUGCUGCAGCUGCUGGACCAGUGUGACCUGGCGCUGACCCGCACCCCCGACAUGAGCCCUGCGGCCUCCUUCGCCCACUCCUCCACCCCUCGCGCGUCUACGUGCAGCCUGCAGUCACAGUCGAGUGAGAGCUCCCGGGGGUCCAGGGGCGCGGGCCCCUUCACGGGCAGCCUGCCCCGCCAGGCCCCGCCGGUGCCUCUCAGCAAGCCCCGGGACGUGGGCAUGGCAGGGCUGUCCCUUCACCCCCAGCACCUGGGCCUCAGCCAGGCCUCCCUGAGCAGCACGGGCAGCCCCCGCUCCGCCCGGGGUCACCCGGAGCGCCGGUCCCCGCCCGACGCCAAGGACAGCGCCGCGCCCCCGAGGCGGGGCAGCUUCGUGGAACGCUGCCAGGAGCUGGCCAAGAGCUCGGACGUGGACGCGGGCGCGGGGCGCCGCAGCCUGGCCGUGUGCAACGAGCUGGAGGCACGGCUGGGCCUGCGGACCCCCUCCUCCUUCUCUGCCGCGUCGUUCUUCCCCGCCGCGGCCACGUCCUCCUCCCUGCGCAAAACCCCGCACCCCUCGCCUUGCCCCGCCCCCAGCCCUGCCCCUGCAGCAGCGGCCACGCCCAGUCGUGCCCAGCCCUCCUCCUCCCCCCGGCACCCCAGCGCCUCCCCGCCCCCUGAGGCCCCGCCUUCUGAUGCUGCCGCUGGCUCCGCCUCUGAGGGUCACGCCUCCCCAACCUCUACUAGCCCAAAACCCCGCAUGAAUGAGACCAGUUUCUGAUUUAUAAUUGAUCAGGGGGCUUUGGCCAGUGAUGUUUUCCAUGAAGAUGGAAAUAAGAGUGGAACUCCCAUGAUACCCCUGGAUGAAUUUGGGCUGGGUGUAGUGCCAGUUUUUUUUUUUUUUUUAUGAAUUGCCCUCUGUUUUAAUAAGUCACCUUUUCUCAAAAGUAAGGGCGAAACUCAAGUCUCCCAACUGAUCAUGAAGUUCAGCUCUCCAUGAUUGUGGUAUUCUGACCCCUACUGUUUAAGGGCUUUUAAACCUCCAAAGGGAGAAUAAUUACUGCCCUUCCUUGCAAACCUGCCAUUGGUUUUAGCUUUAGUGGCAAAAGCUUGUUUGGUAAAAACCAGUGGGUGGAUGUGUUUGCAGCAUUUAAAUGUUGCAAGAAGCUUUGGGUGUAUAAACCUUUAUUUUUCCUUAUCUUAAAGAUACAGGAGUACAUUAACACUGAAAAAAGGUUCUAAUUUACCCAUUAGAAAUACUGUCAUUAGAAAUGUUGUUAUUCAUUAAAUAAAAAUAGUCAUUGCAGAAAAGUAAAGCUGAGGUGCAUAAGAAUGAUUUUAAUAACAUAAUAUUUCAGAUUAUUAAUU